AUGUACGUACGGGCGCUAUACGACUACCAAGCCGAUGAUCGAACGAGCUUGAGUUUCCGCCAGGGGGACAUAAUCCAGGUCAUCACGCAGCUCGAGAGUGGUUGGUGGGAUGGAGUGAUCAACGGUGUGCGCGGUUGGUUUCCAAGCAACUACUGCGCUCUGGUCUCUGGACCUGAGGAGGCCACCAACGAGGGAAACCGCACCGCUUUACUCGAUGAUGGCGAUGCCGAGGAUGAAGAUGGACUAGGUGGCGACCAAGACUAUGACGACGAUAAUGAUUCGGACACAGGCACGGCGGAUGACAACCCUUUGUUGCCCAUUGAAGGCACGGACGGUCAUCAGCAGGAGGAGGCUGCUUUUUGGAUACCGCAAGCAACGCCCGAUGGACGUCUUUUCUAUUUCAACACCCUGACGGGUGUGACGACGAUGGAGCUCCCGCUGGAGAGCCCGACGUCGGCGACAGAGACAGGGCCCCGAGAUCGCACCAACGUUCACCUCCCAGAUCAAAGCCGGUUGCCUCCCGAGUUGAUGGCUGGAGGAUACGAGCGCGAUGAGGACGAGACGACGGAUGAUUACGAUGGGAAUUCCGCGUCGGAGCUCGAGGGAGAGUCUAUUAUGAUGGCGUCACAGGCAUCUCUGCCGAGAAGACGGAGACGUUCAUACAUUUCCGAUGGUGUAUCGCCUGCCACUUCCAUGGAUUCGAUGAGUGGCCUCUCGACGAUACCCAAAUCGACCAGCAACGCGAGCGACUUUUACCUGCCAAGCAUUUCGAUGAGUGCAGUGCAACAGGCUUUGCCGACAAUGGGAGUCAGUUCCACGUCGUUCGCCGCCGCCAACCUUGGACUUGGGCCAACCUCAAACAUUCCUCGAUCCAUGUUUGCCGACGGACCGGCCGUACCUCUGACUUGGAACCGACUCGUGGAAAAUAUGCGUUCAGCGGUGGAACGCUAUCGGCAAGCCAUCAACAACGGGCAGCGGGCAGAAUAUGUCAAGCGGGCAGAGGAUAUCUCAGACCACCUGAGGCUGCUGCUUGCUGCGGGGUCUGGGACCACGGAUAAUCAUUCGGGAAAUCCUUCGAUCAUCUCGACGAACAAGGCACUCUACCCUCAUUUUCGAGACAUGAUGUCGAGAUUUUCGAAGCUGGUCCUGUCGUCGCAUAUAGCUGCGACAGACUGGCCCGCUCAGGAUUCCUACGCAAAGUGUCUUUUUGAGGCGGACGGCGUUCUGCAGGGCGUGUACAGCUAUGUGGAGGUUGCGCGGCAGCAGCGUGGCGAGGAUAUCCCACGGUUGACGCCUGGGUUUGUACUCGGCAACAAUGUCGGCGGCAAUUGGCAAAACAAUGGCAUGGAAGCUCGCAAUCGCAACCCCUCAACAUCGAUCUCUGAAAGUGAGGAGGCCGAGUCGUUUGUGGAGCCCAAUGCACGCCUCGAUAUCCAGCUCCUGGAGCGUAUGGAUGAGAUGCGAAGGGUGGUGACGGCAAAUAUCAAACGUCUGGACGAGCAGCUUGCUCUCACUGAAAAGAUUAUCACUCCGUACCGACAUCGAUUGAUCGGCGAUGCUGUCUGUGUGGCUGGCGGAAAAGUAAUUGAAUCAAUGCGGCCGUGGCUGUCGACCAUUGAAGCGAUCAACCUACGUCCUUUGAAGGCAUACCCGCAGCUUCCCGAGCUGGCGAAUUACUCUACGCUGAAGCAGAAGCUCUAUGAUCUUACGUCGGAUUUGGUGAUUGGCUGUCAGGCCGUUUCUGCUCCGCUCGCGGACGAAUGGGCAGAGCUACGCGGCGAAUCACUUGAGAAUCGCCUUGUAUAUAUCCGAUCUGUAUCCCGACACCUUGAGUCGUGCAUGUCACAACUUGGUUUCUCCCUACAGCUUCUUGCCGAGUUGAUGCCGCAAGAAACCUCUGCGCCGGCGACUGAAACGCCUGUGCAGACGGAAACCAUCUCCUUAUUUCCCCGAACAAACGCUCAACCACCUGACAUUUCCAACCUCCAGCGCCCACGCACAACAUCUGCUGCUACAACAGCCAGUAGCACCGGCCAAUCUCAGACCUAUUCUGAAGGACCUGAUCCCGUCACCGACAAAUACCGCCGGGAGAACUCGAAAGUCAAAAAGUUCUUUGGUGAAGUACCCGCGCCGAUUUUGCCUCCGGGCGCGUCAGAACCACCGGCGUUCCUCAAGCUGGACCAUGAGGACGAGAUUGCCUACGACGCAAAGUUUGAACCCCCAUUACUCAAAGGAGGCACGCUAGUUGGGCUGGUCGAGCAACUGACGAGACACGACCGAUUGGAUUCGCCGUUCAACAAUACUUUCCUUUUGACGUAUCGGUCAUUCACGACGGCAGAAGAACUAUUUGAGCUGGUUGUAAAGAGAUUCACCAUCCAGCCACCCCCUGCACUGAGCCAAGAAGAUUUCCAGACAUGGGUGGAUCGAAAGCAGAAACCGAUUCGGUUCCGCGUGGUCAACAUUCUCAAGAGCUGGUUUGACAAUUACUGGAUGGAGUUCAAUGACGACGCAAGCAAAGAGCUAUUGCGAAGGGUAUAUUCUUUUGUCAAGGACUCAAUUGCCACGACAAGUACUCCCGGAGCUCAAGGUCUCAUGACGGUCAUUGAACAGCGGUUACAAGGCCAAGAGGCAAAAUCCAAGCGGCUCGUCCUGACGCUGAAUCAGAAUACGCCUGCGCCAAUUAUGCCCAAGAACAUGAAGAAACUCAAGUUCUUGGACAUUGACGUGACCGAAUUCGCACGACAGCUUACAAUUAUCGAGUCCAGACUUUAUGGAAAGAUUAAGCCAACUGAAUGUCUCAAUAAGAUUUGGCAGAAGAAGAUCCCAACAGAAGGUUCAGUGCCGGCGGCCAAUGUCCGCGCACUGAUUCUGCACUCCAAUCAACUCACCAAUUGGGUCGCAGAGAUGAUUCUGACGCAACAGGACAUUAAGAAGCGUGUGGUGGUCAUCAAACACUUUGUCUCUGUCGCUGAUAAAUGCCGACAAUUAAACAACUUCUCGACAUUGACAUCUAUCAUUUCUGCCCUUGGAACGGCACCAAUUCACCGGCUUGCGAGGACGUGGGCCCAGGUACCCGCACGAACGCAGACUGUUCUUGAACAAAUGCGUAGAUUGAUGGGCAGCACCAAGAACUUUGGCGAAUACCGAGAGACCCUUCACUUGGCUAACCCGCCUUGCAUUCCCUUUUUCGGUGUCUACCUCACUGAUCUGGUCUUUAUUGAAGACGGUAUCCCAUCAACUGUCAAAAAGACUAACCUCAUCAACUUUGCCAAGCGCGCCAAGACUGCCGAAGUCAUCCGUGAUAUCCAGCAAUACCAGAACGUGCCGUACUCGUUACAGGCUGUGCCUGAGUUGCAGGAGUACAUCUUGUCCAAUAUGCAGGCCGCUGGGGACGUGCAUGAGAUGUAUGAAAAGAGUUUGGCAGUCGAGCCAAGAGAACGCGAAGACGAGAAGAUUGCAAGGCUCUUAUCUGAAUCUGGUUUUCUUUGA